AUGGCCAAACAAUACGGACCGACAGAUAUCAAAGAGUCAGCUCUGGAUCUGAUUGGAAACACACCACUCAUUGCAUUGGACCGGAUCUGGUCGGGACCGGGAAGGAUAUUAGCCAAAUGCGAAUUCAUGAAUCCCGGCGCCAGUAUUAAGGACAGGUCGUCCCUCUCUAUGAUCAAGAGAGCCCUCAACAGCGGACAACUCAAACCUAACGGUCCCAUAGUGGAGGUGACGAGUGGUAAUCAGGGCUGUGGUCUGGCAGUCGUGUCCGCCGUUUUGGGACAUCCGUUGACUCUAACGAUGUCUGCGGGCAAUAGUCCCCAAAGGGCUUCAAUGAUGAGAGCACUCGGAGCUAAUGUAGUACUGGCCCCACAAGUGGAGGGAAAGCCGGGAAACGUGACUCUGGCGGACGUAACACAGGCAGAGAAUUUGGGGCUGAAGUUGGUCGAGGAUACCGGUGCUUAUUAUGUCAACCAAUUCAAUAACGACGACAACUCUAAGGCUCACGAAGAGGCCACUGGACCCGAGAUAUGGCGCCAAACGGGCGGCAGAAUUGACGCCUUUCUGGCGACUGUGGGAACGGCCGGGACUUUCGCCGGUGUUUCGCGUUAUCUCAAGAAACAAAACAAAGACAUCGUUUGCGUUGUUGUGGAACCGGCCGGCGCUGAGGUCAUCAAAGGAGAUCCCGUCACCAAACCGUUGCACUUAUUGCAGGGAUCGGGAUAUGGAAAGGUUCCCCAACUCUUCAAGUUUGACACAAUGGACAGCACUUUAGGUGUGAGCGAUGAGGAGGCCGUCCACUACAAGGAGUUAUUGGGAUCCAAAGAGGGUCUCUAUUUGGGCUAUACGUCCGGUGCUAAUGUGGCCGCAGCUGUUAAACUGUUACAGUCGGGCAAACUUCCCAAAGAUGCCUGGGUGGUCACACUACUCAAUGACUCUGGACUCAAAUACCCGGCUGAUGUAUAA